GGAUAUAAAAAAGUUGCCAUGUUAGAGCAACAGCAACUAGCAAGUAUUAAAAUGCUCCAUACAAAACAAAAAUUAAGUUAAAAUAAAACCAGACAUUUAAAAGAAAGCUCUGCUCCUUCUUGCUGAUGUAUGCUAUGGACAAAGGGGGAAGGUAAACAAUCUGUAGCCUCCUUCAACAAAUUACAACUAUAUCAUCAUCAUCAACAGUUUAAUCAUCAUCAUCAUGAUCAUCUGACUCAACAACAACACCAACACUUUAAAGCAACACAAAUAUCUCUUCUGCCCUUCUUCUUCUCUCUCAAUUUUUUUUUUUGGAGAUGCACACUUCCAUAUCUCGUAGGAUUCUCCACAAAUAUAGAGAGGACUUUUGAAUUGAAGAUGCUGUUUCAACACCUCAAACAGAUUGAGUUCUUCAAGACAGAAGAUAGAGAUCCUUCUUGGGAGUUUUGCCAUUUGUUCUACAUAUUUAGGCUACUUUGGAGUUUUGGCUCAUAAUAUUAAAAACAGGUUUCCCUUUUUAGAUGCUGUUAAAAUAAGAAAAUUAUAUUUUUGCAUAAUAGAUUCAUAAAAAGCUAUUUUUUUUAAAAAAAAAGGUUUGUGAAUAUGGAUAAUGGUUCCUUCAAUCCUGCCAAUAAUCCUCCUGUAUUUGGAAACAUUGACUAUGAUUUAAUGGAGCAACUGUUGGAUGAAGGAUGCUGGUUACAGACAGCUGAUGGAUCAAACCUUCUGCAGUCAAGUACAAGUCCUGGGCAGGGUCCUAGUCCAUCCUCUUCUCGAGGCUUGAGCUACCCAUCAUCUUUUUCAUUCCCUUGUUUGGAGCCUAGUUUAACUCAGGCAGAACAGGCAGUGGAUUCAGAUUGUCAGAAUAACAUUAACAGUAGCGCGAUAACACCAGCAUCAGUAGCAGCAGCAGCUCUGAAUCAAGCGCGUAACUUCAGUUGGGAAGGCAAUGAGCUAAACAGAAUAUUGUGGAUAGAGCCAAAGGCAAAUUCAGGGCCUUCAACCUCUGUGGGAGAUAGGUUGAUGUCAGCAGUUUACCAGUUGAAAGAAUUGAAUAGAAAUAGAGAUGUGCUGAUUCAGAUAUGGGUUCCAAUAAAGAAAGGACUAAAGAGUUUCCUUACAACAGCGGAACAGCCAUACUUCCACCAACCUUCUAGUACGCGGUUGGUUCAUUACAGAGAUGUUUCUGCAAAGUAUGAAUUCUUAGCAGAUGAAGAUACUAAACAGGCACUUGGAUUGCCUGGGCGAGUCUUCCUUGGCAAGGCGCCUGAAUGGACGCCUGAUGUUCGUUUUUUCAGACAGGAGGAGUAUCCACGUAGUGUUUAUGCACACAAGUAUGAUGUUCGUGGCUCCAUUGCUCUUCCUGUUUUUGAAAAAGGUAGUGGUGAUUCCUUGGGUGUGGUUGAGAUUAUCAUGACUACCGAAAAGUUUGAUUAUCGUCCUGAAGUUGAAAGUGUUUGUAAAGCACUUGAGACUGUUCACCUCAGGAGUUCAGAAAUCCUUAACAUUCCUCCGGAACAGGCAAGAAAAGGAACUGAUGAAGUUGUUCAGCCUGAGAUUUUAACAGUGGUGAGAGCUGUAUGUGAUACAUUAAAUUUGCCUUUAGCUCAAACAUGGGCUCCAUGUUCACAACAAGGAAAAGGUGGUUGUUGGCAUUCUGAAAAAAAUGUUCAUUGUGUUUCAAUCAUUGAUUCUGCUUGUUAUGUUCGUGAUGAACGAGUUAUGGAUUUUCACAAGGCCUGCUCAGAUCAUCACCUAUUGAGAAGUCAAGGAGGUAUAGUUGGCAAAGCAUUUGACACCAACCAGCCUUGUUAUGCUACUGAUGUCACAGAGUUUAGUAAGGUUGAAUAUCCUCUGUCUCAUCAUGCAAAGAUGUUUGGGCUGCGUGGUGCAGUUGCAAUAAGGCUCCGCGGCAUCUGUCAUGAGACGAAUGAUUAUGUUUUAGAAUUGUAUUUACCAUCCGAUUUCCAGGAAAAUGGGCUAUCCUUUCAUACUAAGAUAUGGCAGGCAGUAUCAAUGGUGAUACAGCAACACUGCCAGUAUCUGCAUUUUAUCACAGAUAAGGAUUUUGAGCAGAAAGCCUCGUUUCAAGGGAAGACGGUUGCAGAUAACGAGAUAAAAGAAACUUCCUGGUUCUCACAGAUGAUGGAACCUCAGAGAAAGGGUAAGGAAGUAGUGGUUUCACUUGAAUUUGGAGAGGACGAGCCUAGCAAAGGAUUUAAGGUGAUGAAUUGGAGUGAUAGCGAGCCAAGUUUACAACUUGGACAGGCACUUUCUGAUAGUGAAAACAUCAAUCAAGAUUCUGCAUCAAAAGGGAUAAGUGGUACAUCAUCUGGAAGCCGGCUUCCUCUUAGUGCAAGAAGUGAAAGGAGGAGAACCAAAACUCAGAAAACAAUCAGUUUGGAUAUACUUAGGCAAUAUUUUGCUGGUAGUCUAAAAGAUGCAGCCAAAAGCAUUGGAGUUUGCCCCACAACUCUGAAAAGGAUAUGUAGGCAGCACGGAAUUGCUAGAUGGCCUUCUAGAAAGAUCAAGAAGGUGGAUCAUUCUUUAAGGAAACUUCAACUGGUGAUUGACUCAGUGCAAGGUGCUGAAGGUUCCAUCCAACUGUCUUCUUUCUAUUCAAAAUUCCCUGAACUUAAUAGUCCAACCACACAAGCAAAACCAAGUCAAGUUUCAUCGAUAAACUUGAAUAAUCAACCAAAGCAACAGCUAACAACUCAACCUGAAGGGAACAUUUACCCUUCAGGAGCCACAACUUCAAACUCCCCUGCCUCAACUUCUUCUAGCCAAACCUCCACUUCUAGUUAUUGCUUCUCAAGUGGAGCAAAUCUGUCAUCAACUCCUGUUACAACCAUUGCAUCAGGGAGUAAGGAUGCAUCAACUGCAGAAGAAACAGGUGGUUCCCUCAAGAGAGCCCGAAGUGAAGCAGAACUACAGGGUCUAAUAACUAAAAAAGAAGCUACUCAGAUUUUGGAAAGAUCUCAGAGCAACAAAACUCUUGCUGAGCAUCCUUCUUUUGAAACUUUACCUCCUUUUCCAAUGACUAAAAGUUGGCUUUCUAGAGAGGCAGGUGUGUUUAAGGCUAAAGCUUCUUUCGGGGAAGAGAAAGUCCGUUUCUCCAUCUUACCAAACACAGGAUUCCAACAACUGCAACAAGAGAUUGUCAAACGAUUUAGUUUGGAGGACUUGAGUAAGAUGGGAAUAAAGUACUUGGAUGAUGAUAAAGAAUGGGUUCUUUUAACAUGUGAUGCUGACCUAGAGGAAUGUAUAGAUAUACAUAAAUCGUCUGGCAGCCACACAAUCAAGCUCUCUAUCUCUCCUCUUUCGAGCUUGGCUGGUUCGUUUGGCAGCAGUGGUUUAUCCUAACUUCAGAUUUUUAAGGCUAUGGAACUUUUAUGCUCUGCGCGCCUUACGUGUAUGUAGUUUUAUCUUCUUAUUCUUUAUCAAUAGUUACAAACAUAGCACUUCUUUUUCUUUUUCCGUACCAGUAACCAUCUGAUGAAUAUUUUCUACUUCAUACUGUUGAAUAUUUUUGUUCAUCACCUUGUACUUGACAAUGUAAACUAAAAGCAGAAAGAUUACAGCUUUGGUCUAUAGGAUUGAUAUAUUUUUGCUGAAUAUACAAGUGCUUAUUGUAGGUGAUUUCAAUUUUAUUA